CAAGAAUAAGAAUGCUAAAUCAGCAAAGAAUCCUCCUCCUUCCUCCAACAAUGGUACUCCAUUUUCGUGAUUGCUUAGACUACAGGGCUUCGAUGAGGUUCCCAUUGAACCUUCCUGACGUACAUAUACCUCGCUUCUCGUCCCCAUUUUGCCAAAUCAUUCAAAGCCUCUCUGCUCAGCUGUUCAUCUUCCUUUUCCGCCACAAUCCUCGCCGAUCCAACUCGGUGUCAUAUAUAUGCCUGUAGAAAUGGCUGUUCCAAAAGUAAACAACAAAAUGCUUGAAGAACUUGAAGACAUGGGAUUUCCUAAAGCACGGGCAGUACGAGCUCUUCAUUAUUCUGGUAAUUCUAGCAUAGAGGCAUCUGUAAAUUGGAUGAUUGAGCAUGAGAACGAUGCAGAUAUUGACCAGAUUCCCUUGAUAGCAGUGGACAUUGAUGUUGAGACUCCCCAACCAUUCCAUAUCACAGAGCUAAUGAAAAUGAAGGCACAGGAACUAAGGGAUCGAGCACACAAGAUGAAAGAAGAAGAAGAAAAGAAAUUAGAAAGACAUAGGGAGAGGGAGAGGAUUCGAGCCAGUAAGGACCUCACUGAGGCAAAGCGAACUACAGAAGAAAGUGAAAGAAAACGCUAUUUAGCCCUACAAAAAGCAGAAAAGGAGGAGGAGAAAAGAGCAAGGAAGAAAAUUCUACAGAAACUAGAGCAGGAUAAGGUAGAAAGAGGGUUUCGAGUGGGAUUGCCAUCGGAAAGGCCUGAAGCAUUAAAACCUUCCAUGCCUAUUUUGCAGGGAAAAAAAGCCUCAUUGCCUGUGAAGUCUGGUACAAAAGCAGAGCAUAUGAGGGAAUGCUUAAGGUCAAUUAAGCGCAGUUACCUGGAUGAUGAUGCCAGAGUAAGGAGGGCAUUUCAAACUCUUCUGAUCUAUGUUGGCAAUGUCGCUAAAAAUCCUGAUGAGGAAAAGUUCAGGAAGAUACGACUUGGUAACCUAUUAUUCCAGGAUAGAGUUGGGAAUUUGAGAGGAGGUGUGGAAUUUCUUGAGCUCUGUGGGUUUGAGAGAAUGGGAGGCGAGUUCUUGUACCUUCCUCGUGAUAAGGUUGAUGAGGCAAUACUUAACACAGCAGGGUUUGAAUUGAAGUCUGCGGCGACCAACCCCUUCUUUGGACUUCUGAGCGUGUAAGACAAGAUCGUAGUGUGAUAACUAUGCUACUUGAGAAUGCUCAGUAUAUUUUGUGUUAGGUUCCUCGCCGUGAUAGAUGAAAAAUUGUGAUGUACAAAACUAAGAGCUUGACAUUAGGAAUUGUUUAUGGAUUAUUCAAUCAAACUCUACUUGGAAUUUUACAAGCGA